AAUUAUGCAAAACACCUCGGUGGACCUGAUCCGGAUGGUUUUGAAACCCAUUUCAUUAGUCAGGUGAGUUUUUCAUAUAUAGAAACAUGUUCAGAACCUGAUUCAUCAAUGAUUAUGUCAUCAUAUAUUCAUUAAUGUGUUUACUUAUUGAUGUUUUGUCUUUAAUGGACUUUUUACCUCAUUCAUGUUGCUGUCAUUCCAACUCAUGAAUAAUACAGAAUCACGUACCAAACAGUGAAUAAUGGACCGUCCUCUGAUGUAUGUUUGCAUUGUGUGAUCAUGUGUUAACGUCCCCCCCCCCUUUCACAGACACCUCAACUAUUAAACCGUGGACUGUCCUUUGUUGUAUGUUUUUAAAGUGUGUCAGAUUGGUGUUGGAACUGCUUGUAACAUUAACAAUCCAACAGUGGACCGUCCUCUGUUGUAUGUUUUUAAAGUGUGUCAGAUUGAUAUGGGAACUUGAAGGUAACAUUAACAAUCAAACAGUGGACCGUCCUCUGUUGUAUGUUUGUAAUGUGUGUCAGGUUGAUGUUUGAAAUUGAAUGUAAAAUUAACAAUCAAACAGUGGACCGUCCUCUGUUGUAUGUUCGUAGUGUGUGUCAGAUUGAUAUGGGAACUUGAAGGUAUCAUUAACAAUCAAACAGUGAACCGUCCUCUGUUGUAUGUUUGUAAUGUGUGUCAGGUUGGUGUUGGAACUGUUUGUAACAUUAACAAUCCAACAGUGGACCAUCCUCUGUUGUAUGAUUUUAAAGUGUGUCAGAUUGAUAUGGGAACUUGAAGGUGAUAUUAACAACCAAACUGUGGACUGUCUUCUGUUGUAUGUUUGUAAUGUGUGUCAGAUUGGUGUUGGAACUGCUUGUAACAUUAACAAUCAAACAGUGGACCGUCCUCUGUUGUAUGUUUGUAAUGUGUGUCAGAUUGGUGUUGGAACUGCUUGUAACAUUAACAAUCCAACAGUGGACCGUCCUCUGUUGUAUGUUUUUAAAGUGUGUCAGAUUGAUAUGGGAACUUGAAGGUAACAUUAACAAUCAAACAGUGGACUGUCCUCUGUUGUAUGUUUGUAAUGUGUGCCAGAUUGGUGUUGGAACUGCUUGUAACAUUAACAAUCCAACAGUGGACCGUCCUCUGUUGUAUGUUUUUAAAGUGUGUCAGAUUGAUGUUGGAACUGCUUGUAACAUUAAAGCCAACAGUGGACCGUCCUCUAUUGUAUGUUUUUAAAGUGUGUCAGAUUGGUGUUGGAACUGCUUGUAACAUUAACAAUCAAACAGUGGACCAUCCUCUGUUGUUUGUUUGUAAUAUGUGUCAGAUUGAUAUGAGAACUUGAAGGUAACAUUAACAAUCAAACUGUGGACUGUCUUCUGUUGUAUGUUUGUAAUGUGUGUCAGAUUGGUGUUGGAACUGCUUGUAACAUUAACAAUCAAACAGUGGACCGUCCUCUGUUGUAUGUUUGUAAUGUGUGUCAGAUUGGUGUUGGAACUGCUUGUAACAUUAACAAUCCAACAGUGGACCGUCCUCUGUUGUAUGUUUUUAAAGUGUGUCAGAUUGAUAUGGGAACUUGAAGGUAUCAUUAACAAUCCAACAGUGGACCGUCCUCUGUUGUAUGUUUUUAAAGUGCGUCAGAUUGGUGUUGGAACUGCUUGUAACAUUAACAAUCCAACAGUGGACCGUCCUCUGUUGUAUGUUUUUAUAGUGUGUCAGAUUGAUAUGGGAACUUGAAGGUAACAUUAACAAUCCAACAGUGGACCGUCCUCUGUUGUAUGUUUUUAAAGUGUGUCAGAUUGGUGUUGGAACUGCUUGUAACAUUAACAAUCAAACAGUGAACCGUCCUCUGUUGUUUGUUUGUAAUAUGUGUCAGAUUGGUGUUGGAACUGCUUAUACUGGAGGUGUUCAACAGGCAUCAGAAGUUAGAGGUAUUCAGUUGGUGCCAGAUUUUGGAGGUGUCCAACAGGCGUCAGAUGCUGGAAUUGUUCAACAGGUGUCUGAUGCUGGAGAUGUCCAACAGGCAUCAAAUGCUGGAAGUGUGGAACUGGCAUCAAAUGCUACAGGUGUCCAACAGGCAUCAAAUGCUGGAAGUGUUGAACUGGCAUCAUAUGCUACAGGUGUCCAACAGGCAUCAGAUGCUGGUGGUGUCCAGCAGGCGUCAGAUCCCAGAAUUGUUCAACAGGCACCAGAUUCUGGAAGCGUCCAACUUGCAUCAGAUGCUAGAGGUGUUAAUCAGGCGCCAGAUGUUAGAGGUGUCCAACAGGCAUCAGAUGCUGGAGGUGUUCAACUUGCGUCAGAUGUGGGAGAUGUCCAACAAGCGUCAGAUGCUGAAGGUGUUCAGCAGGCAUCAGAUGCUGGGGGUGUUCAACAGGUCUCAGAAGUUGAAAGCGAUCCAUGUGCUUCAGAUUCUGAAAUCUCUGAAUAUGCAUCUGAUUUGGAAGAUUCUGGGCAUGAAUCAGACCGUGAUGAUUCAAAUCAUGCAUUAGAUCCUGACUUUGUAGUUGACGAAUCUGACUCCUCUGAUGGUAAUUCUUCUGAAAGGUCUUAUGUCAUUCCAUUUAAAAGACCAAAAGUUACUGUGUUGUAUCCCGAAGCCUCCCAGGUCAGUUCUGAAUCGCCAUUACAUACUGCAGAAAGCAAUGUAUUGCAGAGAAAUCCUGAUACAUCUCAUGUCCGCUCUGAAGCACACUUACCUCAUAGUUCUCCUGGAAAGAUCAAAGUAUUACAAACUUACAACCAGCAAAGAGACACUGGGACAAAGGGGCAUACUGCCCAUUUUGUCGAUCAUAUCAGAAGAAGCUACCAAGACACCUAAGAGAAUUCAAAGCUCACCAGAACGAACCAGAUAUCAUACAGUGGCUCACAAUUACGGACAAAGAUCUUAAAGCAAAAAGACUGACGAGAAUGAGGAACCUCGGAAACCACUUGCACAAUGCCAACGUUAUCAAAGAAGGAGAAGGAACGAUCAUUCCAGUGUAUAGACCAGACUACGAUGCAGAUUACACAAAGUAUCUGCCCUGUGUUGACUGUUACGGCUAUUUUGUAAAGACUGAUCUCUGGAAACACAAUUGUCCUUUCAGAGAAAGCAAUGGAGAGCAAAAACAGAAGGAAAGGAGACAGUUUGUAAAGGAUAGCAGAUUGCUAUUGCCGAUACCAGGUACAUCGAAGAAAGCUCAGGAAAUUCUUGCAGGACUUCGCAAUGAUGAUGAUGGGGUUGCUCGUUUCAUAAAAGGAGACAAGUUGAUGAAGCAAUUAGCUGAUGGAUUAGCCCUUUCACACGGUCAUGAUGCUGAUAAUUUUGCUCACAUACGCAACAAACUACGAGAACUUGGGCGCUUAUGCAUCACAUACAGAGAAAUAACUGAACAACCGAAUGUUGCUUUGACUGACCUCAUCAACCCAUCGAGGUUUAAUAAUGUAUUAAAAGCCACUAGAAAGACAGCGGGCUUUGAUGAAGAAACAAAUCUCUACGCAACUCCAUCCUUAGCCCUCAAACUGGGCCACUCACUAAAAGCAGCUGCAGAAGUGUUAUUGAGUCAAGCCCUCAGUGAUGGUCCUAUGGUAGAUGAUGCUUUAGAAAAUAAGUGUCAGCGAUUUAUCAAACUGUACAACAUGCAGUGGUCAAGAACAGUGUCAUAAAAUGCAUUGCGCACACUUACUGAGCAUAAGCGCAAUAAUCCUCAGUACAUUCCUGUCACAAGUGAUAUUGCCAAACUGGCAAAGUGUUUGAAGCAUGAGAUAAAGGCUGGUGUACAGGCCCUAAGCCAAGGUGAUCCAAAACCUGAGGUGUGGAGAAGUCUAAGUGAGGCUACGCUUACUUCGAUCUUAUUGUUCAAUCGCAAGAGGUCAGGUGAGGUCUCUAAACUCAAAGUCAAAGAUUUUGAGAACCGCCAGAAUGGACAGUCUUCUGUUAU